AUGAUGAGCAGUGGCUUCCUGGCCCUUGGUAACCUUUGGUCUCUUCUUUUCAUUGCAGAACAAAGAGUAGAAGAUGUCCGGCUUAUCCGCGAACAACAUCCAACCAAAAUCCCGGUGAUAAUAGAACGAUACAAGGGAGAGAAGCAGCUUCCAGUCCUGGAUAAAACCAAGUUCCUUGUACCUGAUCAUGUCAACAUGAGUGAACUCAUCAAGAUAAUUAGAAGGCGUUUGCAGCUCAAUGCGAACCAGGCCUUCUUCCUGUUGGUGAACGGGCACAGCAUGGUGAGCGUCUCCACACCCAUCUCGGGGGUGUACGAAAGUGAGAAGGACGAGGACGGAUUCCUGUACAUGGUCUAUGCUUCCCAGGAGACCUUUGGGAUGAAACUGUCAGUGGCCAAUUAGAAAGACGCAUCAAGUCUAGAAUUUUUUAAGCCCUUGCCAGGGAGAAAAAAGGGGUGUUACCAGCUGGGAUGGAUCCGUUCAUCUAAUUGCAGGUCGUCAAAGCAGUAGUGUUCCACCUAGGAGUUUUAGGAAGUUGUUUUUGCAUUUCAAGCAGAAGAAGUGAGCUCCAGCGGAGCACAUUCAGCUUUGGAAACUCCAUUAUUUAACCCAGGCUAUCUUGUUUUCAAAAUUCAGAAAUUUAAAAAUAAAAUACUUUGCAUUCUAAGUUGCCAGUAAAAUAGCCCAAGUUAUUUUAAUGCUUUUUCCGCCAGUAGGAACUUGCAAUUCAAGCAGUAACUUAAAGGCAUUCAGAGAGACACUGGGUCUUCUCUUUAGGGUCUCGGAACCUUCCACCUUUUUAUGGAAGGGUUUCUGCUCAAUGAGAGAAAUCUCCCUAAGAGGAUCUUUAGGCAUAAGGUGUCAAGCACAACCUCCCUACAUCAUUUGCCAUGGAAGUUGGCACAAAUGCAGGGUAGAUGGGGUGUGUAGGAGGCAGUUCUGAGCUGUGCUCUAGGUUCCUGGCUCCUGGGCCGCAAGGCCACACUCGUGCAGGGUCCCAGAGUUUGGUCUGUCCUCCACAGUCACACACACACAAACAUCUUUACUCAAGAGGAACCUUGAAGGAUUUAUAAUUUUGGUCUAGUUUAUUUGAAGGCCCUAGUGGAAAAGAAUGACAUUUCUUCUCUUAUGGGUUUUCUCUGAUGUAAGAGCUCAAACUAGUGCCUGCGUUGGUAAAUAAACAAGGAGUUGUACCAGCGUCAUUCUUUAGGGCAGUGGUAGAAACCACAGAGAAGUGAAAUGAGAAACAUUAAAACUCAGAUGUACUCCCUUCUGGCUUUUGGCUUCACCCCUGUAGAUGAGCCAUUGUUUAAUGUUAAGUGUGUAACUAAAUCAUGUUAUUACAAGGUUCUCACAUUUUUAAGAGUAGCUAUCACUGUUAAGCCAGACAGUCAUCAGAGUUCUCCCAAGUGCAUGUCAGUUGUGGAGAAAACAGCAAAAGGAGACAUAAGCUCUUUACAGUGUUAAUGUCAAGAGUUAAACGCCUCCUCAGCUCAACAGACGACGAAUGACCAAGGCUUCCUACUACUUGCAUGGGGUUUACUAUUUACUGUUUUCUUGGGACUAUCACAGAAAGGUCAGCUACACCACUUGAGACUGUCCGUGUAACCAGUCACCCCUGCCCUCGUGUGUUGAGAUGUGUAUGGAAUACCCGUGUCUGUUAGUGAAACUUUUCUGUAAUGGAGGGGACAGUGCGAUCCUGCAUCCGGGCCCGCAGCUGAUCGUCACUGUGCUCUGUCACCUCUCCCCUCUGCAUGCCCACCAGCUGACUGUAACAUGUAUCCUUUUACAUUAUGUAAAUUCUAACUCGCCUGUCUUGAGAUGAUAUAUGUCAUUAUAUCUGGCAUUCUUGUAACUACUGUGUGAUCAUAUGAUUCCUGUAAGACUGCUUUCUAAAAAAAAACCCGCCGAGGGAGUGACCUCUACCCCACAUUAGUGGGUAGUCACUUUAUUUAUAGGAUCUUUAAAACAAGUACAUUUUUAAUGAACUAAGGUGAAUAAAGGCACAAUGAAAACUGUCA